GUUGCUCAUUGGGAAUAGCCUCCUUCCGAAAUGGCUUCUGGAUUCCCAAAAAAGACACCGGCACCUCGUCUUCUGCGCAGGGAAAGACUGAAGCCUGACACUCUGACUCCCUCUGCCUUCCAGAAGGAGAUGUCUCUCAGCACCAAGCAGCUGCUGGCCAGAGCUAAGAAGUUGUCAGCAGCUGACCCACAGCAGAGCUCAUUUCAGCUUUGCCCACCAGAGGUGGUCCCUUUCUCUGUCCUUCCGGCCACGGGAGCUCUGGCCGUCGGUGACGCCGUGCAGGUGACAGUGGGAUUUCAGCCACUGAAGACCGGUGACUGUUCCGCAUCCCUUGUGGUGCACUACGACACAGGUGAAGACACCCACACAAGCCUUCAUGGAAGAGCUGUGGAUGCCCACAUCAGGCUGGACCAGUACACUGUGAGCUUUGAGAAGACGUACGUCAGCCUGUCAAACCACACAGCUGUGCGCAUCCACAAUAUGAGUGACAUCACAGUCUGCUUCCAGUGGAAGGCUGUUGACAGUGGGCAAGAGGAGGAUCAGCUGGAGCUGAGGCUGGACCAGUACACUGUGAGCUUUGAGAAGACGUACGUCAGCCUGUCAAACCACACAGCUGUGCGCAUCCACAAUAUGAGUGACAUCACAGUCUGCUUCCAGUGGAAGGCUGUUGACAGUGGGCAAGAGGAGGAUCAGCUGGAGCUGAGCCUCCAGAAUGAGAUGGCAGAGGUCAGAGAAGAUCCCAUGGUGCUCUCUGAUGGCAUUUUCUCCCUUGAGCCAAAGGAGGGCGAGAUCAGGCCGAAUUUUUGGGCUGAGAUCAGCGUGUCCUUCAAGCCCCAGGAAGCCCGUGCCUAUGAGCGAGCGGUUUACUGCGACAUCUCAGGCCGUGAGAACAGGCUGCCCCUGUUCCUCACAGGGGAAGGCCUCGGGCCCCGGCUCCACUCCUACUUUGAGGAACUGAACAUUGGGGAGGUUUCUAUCAGAGUAACCCACAGAUAUAAGGCGGUCCUGUUGAACAAAGGGCCCAUUGAUGCUUCCUUCAGCCUCAUCCCUCCAAGCACAGCCAUGGGCUCCUUUUUCAGCUUCCUGCCCCAGGAGGGCAUCGUGGCACCGCACGGGCUCCAGGUCAUCCAAAUCUCCUUCUGUCCCACCAUGCUGGGGCAGUUUAAGGAAGAAUUCUGCUUCUACGUGCAUAAAUCCCCUAAGCCUGUGACCUUGACUAUCAGGGGCUCCGUGAUGGGACCGACUUUCCAUUUUGAUGUGCCCGCCCUGCACUUCGGUGACAUCUCCUGUGGUUUUCCUCGCACCUUGAAGUGUCGUCUGUCUAACACCUCCCUGAUACCCAUGGUCUUCAACCUCCGCAUUCCUGGGGAUGGCUUGGGAGAGCCCAGCAUUGACGUCUCUGUGAACAUACUCAAUCCCAGUAGCCAGGUUUGGAGGAAGGAAGCCCAAAGUCCUACAAGGCCAAGGGAAUUUACCAUAAGCCCCUGCAGGGGGAGCAUCCGUGCCCUGGGAGCCCAGGAUAUCAAGGUCACCCUGUGCUCCAACACCAUUGGAGAUGCUACUGCCAACCUUGCGAUUUCAGCUGAGGAUAAAGAAAUUGAAUCAUCCGUCUAUUCUCCAGAAGACAAACCUUGA